CGAUCAAGAACCAGGUGACAGGCCGCUACAUCCUGAAUGGCCGAGGAGAGGAGGCUCGCUCCCGGAGCUUCAUAGACCUGGGAGUGGAYUGGGAUUACAUUAUAGAAGACGACGAAGAGACACUAUACACUGACGGACCCUUACACGACGCUGUGGUCGUACUGAUAAUCCCUCAGGACAACGAGACCAGGUCAACCCUGAUGUAUAAAUACAUCAUCCAUGAAGACUCUGUCCCCGUCAACAACAACAACGUCAUUCAGGAGGACACCUACGAAUGGGCCCUGAAGAGCUGGUCACAGUGUUCUAGACCCUGUGCUGGAGGGUUCCAGUACACUAAGUAUGGCUGCAGGAAAAAGGGUGACAUCAAGAUGGUCCACCGGGGAUACUGUGAUGUCAGCAAGAAGCCAAAACCCAUCAGGAGAAUGUGUAACCUACAGGACUGUACGCAGCCACA